AUGGAGCCAAUCGAUGAUCUGUCGAGCACGAUUACAGCGACCCUACACAUAUUCGACCAGAAGUACCAAACUCUCUUUGUCAAGCUGAAUUCUGCAAUCGAAGACCAGGAACGUGUAUAUAUGAACCUUGUGCGCACAGGAAGCCUCGAGCACACUAUCAUCAUUGGCAAGCACUCAGAACCUUUGAGCAAUCUUACGUUGGUGCUUCCAGAUGCGGAUGCAACCUGCCGCCUGCUUCACGAUGCCCUGGAGGAUCUUGCCACUCAUAUUUUGCAAGCUCGUUACCAGACGAAACCCAAGUUAUUCAAGGCGUUAGUAUAUUGUCAGCGUACACCCUCUCGAGAAACGCAGGAAUAUGCCCUUGCGUUUGCACCUCUUCUGGCCCAGACCGCAAAAAUUUCAGAGAUACUACAAAAGUUCGAGAAAGAGGUUUCAUUCAUGGCAACUAUUGCGCGCAUUGGAAGUUGUAGGAAUAGAUAG